AUUAUAUCUGAUCGUUUUUCAUGUCUCAUAAAAAGGUAUCGAGCCAUCACUAGUAGACAUUAUCGCGGAACAGUGGGUGCCUUACUGGUUUACGACAUAACACGCCAUGUUACAUUUGAGAAUGUAGCAAGAUGGCUCAAAGAAUUGAGAGACCACACAGACCAAAACAUCGUUUUAAUGCUCGUGGGGAAUAAGGCGGAUCUUCGCCACCUCAGAGCUUUCCCCACGGGCGAAUCAAGUGGUUUUGCAGAAAGAGAGAACACUUUCUUCAUGGAAACAUCUGCACUUGAGGCACUCAAUGUAGAAAACUCCUUCACAGAAGUACUCACUCAGAUUUAUCAAGUGGUUAGUCGUAAAGCUCUUGAUAUAGGAGAUGAUCCUGCAUCUAUACCAAGAGGACAGACAAUUAACAUCGGAAAAGAUGAUUUAUCUGCUGAUAAGAAAGGUGGAUGUUGUUCAGAAUGA